GCCUGGUGCUGUAAACAUUUGUACUGUUGUUGCUCUGCUGACUCAGUUCUGCGUUAUACAGGAAGUUGUGACAAUGAACUCUAAUGUCGGCUUGUUUCUUUUGUCAUGUAUUCUCUUAUGUGGAGCAGAAAUGUACGUUGUGGAUGAUAGGGUCGGGAUGGGGAGACGGUUUGAUGGUAUAGGAGGAUUAAGUGGAGGAGGGGCUACCUCGAGACUUUUAAUUAACUAUAAAGAACCGUAUAGGAGUCAAAUAUUGGAUUAUUUAUUUAAGCCUAAUUUUGGAGCUUCACUGCACAUACUUAAAGUGGAAAUAGGAGGUGAUUCUCAAACGACAGAUGGCACUGAGCCUUCACACAUGCACAACGAGACCGAUGAGAAUUACUUCCGCGGUUAUGAGUGGUGGCUUAUGAAGGAAGCCAAGAAGAGGAACCCAGACAUCAUGCUCAUCGGUCUGCCUUGGGCUUUUCCGGGAUGGGUUGCUAAUGGGACCAACUGGCCUUACAACUUCCCAAACAUUACUGCUAACUAUGUUGUGUCUUGGGUGAUCGGAGCCAAACAUUAUCAUGGUCUGGAUAUUAACUACAUAGGGGUAUGGAAUGAACGGAACUUUGAUUCAAAGUACAUCCAGGUGCUUCGAGACACCCUAGACCGAGCUCAUUUACCAAAUGUGGGCAUUAUUGCAGCAGAUGGGAAUUGGGACAUUUCCAGUGCCUUGCUUGUUGAUCCAUAUCUCAAUGAUGCUGUUGAAGUUAUUGGUGUUCACUAUCCUGGUACCACGACUGUCAAGGAGGCGCUGUUAACGGGUAAAAAGCUUUGGUCUUCGGAGGAUUACAGCACGUUUAACGAUGACAUCGGGGCAGGAUGCUGGGCUCGUAUUCUUAACUGGAACUAUGUCAAUGGCAGGAUGACGUCGACUAUCUCCUGGAAUCUGAUAGCAAGUUAUUAUGAAGAUCUGUCGUUUGGUCGAGACGGUUUGAUGACCGCAGAAGAGCCAUGGAGUGGGAAUUAUGUGGUGGAAACCCCAAUAUGGAUAACUGCUCACACUACACAGUUUGUACAACCCGGCUGGACAUACCUCAAGACCAUAGGGAACCUCACUCACGGUGGAAGUUACGUAGCGUUAACAGACGGCCAAGGGAACCUUACCAUCGUAAUAGAAACCAUGACCCACAAUCACUCGCAGUGCAUUCGUCCUUCACUCCCUCCUUUCAGUGUUUCAGCUCAGGAAUCAACAUUUCAGCUCAAAGGCUCCUUUGCUGCAAUCACUCGUCUCCAGUUGUGGUACUCAAAACUGGAUUUUGAUACCAAAGACGAUGUACUCUUUAAGAAGAUCGAGCCCAUAAAGGUUUCCGGUGGACUUUUUACCUUGAAACUGGGCAUUGAUGAAAUUUACACUGUCACAACUGUCACCACUGGACAAAAAGGCUUCUACUCUGAUCCUCCAGAUUCUGCUCCAUUUCCCAAGAAAUACUUUGAUGACUUCACUGUCCAAACGACUCCCUUUUCAGAGGCCCCGUACUUUGCUGACCAGACAGGCGUGUUUGAGUACUUCACAAACCUCACAGAUCGAGGGCCACACAAUGUCACUUUACGCCAGGUAGUCAACCAGCGUCCAGUUUCGUGGGGUUACGACGCGGAUCAGACCAUCAGUGUCAUCGGAGACCACAGCUGGCAAGACCUGUCAGUCUCCUGUGACAUUUACCUUGAAAGUGAGAACAGCGGCGUCUUCGUUGCAGCCAGGGUGGAUCAAAGUGGGGAAUCAGUCCGAGAAUCCAACGGCGUAUUUUACUGGGUUUUUGCAAAUGGCACAUACAAAGUGACUAAUGAUAUCAGUGGAAAAAAAGUUCUUGUUGAAGGAUUGUCAGGGACAAGGCCAGGUAUAUGGCACACGCUCACUCUCACAGUAAAGGGUAAUAAGGCCACUGGAAUGCUGAAUGGUUUUCCUUUAUGGAAGAAUGCUGCUGUUCUUCAACCCAAGAAUGGCUGGGCUGCGAUUGGAACAUCCUCAUUUGAAUUUGCACAGUUUGAUAACUUCCUGGUGGAUGCAGACUGAUCACUUUUGUUAGAAUUAUUCAGAAAUAUGUUUUCAAAAAUGAUCAGAAUGUCAUGAUUACAACUUGGAAAAUCAUAUUUUAUAUGAACUCAAACCAAAAGAAAAUUCAUUGCUGCACAAUGAAUGAAAGUGAUGUUUAUAACAUAUGGGAAGAUUUGGGAGCACUUUCUUUGUAGUAUCUAUGGGGAAUUUCAUGAUUUGCUGUGUGU